AUGGCUUUAUCUUCAUAUGCAGGCAACGAAAUUGCAUCUUUCUUCAAACCCAACGUUCGAAACACAGCAAUACAAAUUUACAAUCGUAUUCCUGGAACAUUAAUUAAGUAUUUGAACGAAAGAAAAAUAGUUAAAAACAUCGUAUUCAAAGAUGACAUCUCGGCUUUUGGACAAAUGGGAACUCAAAACUAUAAGGAUCUGAAUAAUUUUCGUAAAAAUUUACGUGAUUCAAUCAAAGCAUGUUUUGAAAGAAAUAACGUUACAGAAAUACAACCAGAAAAAAUUAGUGAAAGUAUCACAAAACAUUAUCUGAAACAGUCGGCAACAUGGGCUAAACCAGGUCAAAAAUUAUCAACAAUUGUUCAAUUUACUGACGACUAUGAAGAACCAGGUGUGAGCCAUUGGACAAAGGUUAAAGCAUAUGUAUAUAUACAUAUAACCGAAGAAUGUGAACAUAAUUGGAUUGCUACUAAUAAAUAUAAAUUUGGUUACGAUUUAACUAUCAAAUUAGAUGGAAUAUCAAUAGAUACAACAAAAGCACAAUAA